AUGGCUGCCCUGCCACAUAUCGUUUCCUUCUUUCUAAGCACUGCCGGCAAAAACGGGGAUGACCUGGGGUCAGACGAAGAACAAAUCGUGCAAAUGGUUUAUCUUUUAUAUGACCAGAACAAUAAUAGGGUGAUCGAUGUCCAGCAACAUUAUGUCCGGCCACAGCCCAGCGAGCUGGCCGAGACCGUCCUGACAGAGGAGUGUAAACUGGAGACGGGACUGGACGAGGAGGUCAUCAAACAGGCUCCGCCCUUGGAGCAUGUCCUGGAGGAGUUCGACAGAUUUCUCUCUGCCAAGGGCGUCCAUCCCAAUCACGGAGGCCGCUCCUUCUUUCUGCUGACAGACGGACAGGCACAUCUUCGCCAGUGCCUGCACAACGAGUGCUGUAAGAAGAACAUCCCUCUGCCCAGCUACUUCUAUCGCUUCUACGAUCUGCGAAAGGAGUUCCGCAAGUUCUACAAGACAGAGCCCAUCGCCAGCAUCGGGUCAAUGGUAGAUUGUAUCCUUUUUGUGAAUUUCGUGGAUUUAAAGUCGAGAGCAUCCAUUUCUUUGCAGCGGGUUUAA